CAAAAAGUGGUCGAGCAGACUAGUUGUGUGUUUGUGUGUAAACAACAAAACAUAAUAUUAUUAUUCAACUAUUUCGAUAUAUCGAUUAAUAAUUGUUUAUACGUAUAAGCUAUAACUUUCCUUGCAUAUUUGUUUUGUUUUGAUACAUAUAUUUAUGUAUAUAUAUCCUGUCAAAAUGACCGAAUUGCCAUGGCUGAUGUUUUUUUUACUGUCUCUCAUUAGUACGUUUCAGUGGCCUAAUUCGAUAGCACAACACCUUUUUAUACUGCACAAUCAUACUGAAUGGAAAGGAUAUGUAUUGUCUUCUACUAAGAAUGAGUCCAAAGGAACAAAUUUGGUUAAUCAAGAUAAUAUAACUACAUUCACGACUCCAAGUUAUAAAAAAGAUCAAAAAAAUGAUCCUGGAACCAGUAUUGGAAAUACAAAAGUUAUAGUUUUACCAGCAGCCAACUUGACAAACUCUUCAUCAUUUGUUUUUCCAAGUUCAACUGAUGAGAAAAUUACAAUCAGCAAAUUUAUACCUGAAAUAAAAGCAAUUGAGAAAUGCUCAUUGAAUGACACUUUUUGCAUCAAAGUUGAUAAUUAUCCAAGAGAAGAUUUAUCAAAUCUUUUUAGAAAGAGCAAGUUUAUGGCAAAUCCUUAUUAUGAUAUAGAUGCUAUAAAUGAGAUAAAUGAUUUUGAAACAAGAAUGUCAGAUGAUCUACAACUUGAACCGUUCUGUCAGGCAAGAGUAUCAGUAAUAUAUCCAGAAGUAGGUCUUACAUCAUACAACCAAUGGCGUUAUAUUGUGCAAGAUUCAUCAACUGACAAUAGCAGUAUUAAACAAGGAAUUGUAGUGGAAAAAUGCGUCGAUGUUAGAGUUCCGUGCAUGUUUGAUGGUACUUUACCAACAGGAUACGUUUCAACAUGUAUACAAAAAUACCUCUACAAAAGAUUGAUAACCAUAAGUGGUUCAAAUGAAUUCUACUAUGAUACUUUUAAAAUGCCAUCUUGUUGUCAGUGCAAGUAUAGAAUAGAUGAAGAUCGGUUAACUAGAAAAGGCGGAGAUUAAAUAAAUCGAAUAUGUUUUCACAAACAAUCUGGAAUCUCCAAAAAAAAA